AUGAAAAGAGGGCUACGUGCUCAAUCUGAGGUGACAGGCAGGAGGCCGGUGCUUCUGGUACAUGGUUGGUGUUUGGUAGGUCCAUUAAUGGAGGACCAAAAAUUACAAGAAGGCAAGAAAUUAGAGCUGGCCCAUGCAAUAGCAAAAUACAAGAACGAUGCUGUGCGGUAUGCCCAUGUUGUUGGACUUUAUUUCAAUUUAACAGUUAAUUUUGGUCUAGGUCUAGCGUUGCCAACGAGUUUAGAGCUUUUGCAUUCGAAGUGCUUGCUACAAUGCCUGAAAGAGGAUGUCACCGAUCCCUCUCAACCUUCAGAUGUUAACUUCCGGUACCAAAUAUACGCAAGCAAUCAAGAUGAUGCGUCCUCACAAGACGUCCUGCAGCAUACUUCGAGGCUUGAUAGAGAAUGGGGUCUCUCAGAGGCUCUGUCUGCUGUGUCUGCAGCUCUAAGUUUAUCCUCGUCUGCAUCUUCUGGCAAUGGGAGAAAAGAGGGGGCUGACUUGAUAAGGAAAGGCGUUGAAGAUCUUCAAGAUGAGGCAACGAACGUCUGUUCCUGA